GUGACGAGGGGGGUGACGAGGUGGUGACGUCACAUCCGAUCGGCUCGCUUCCCUCAAGUCGCGAUCCUCCCGUCAACUGCCGAGUCCACAAUGUUCCGCAACCAGUAUGACAACGACGUGACGGUGUGGAGCCCUCAGGGGCGUAUACACCAGAUCGAGUAUGCCAUGGAGGCCGUCAAGCAGGGCUCGGCCACCGUGGGGCUCAAGUCUAAGACUCACGCAGUGAUCGUGGCGCUCAAGAGGGCCCAGUCGGAGCUGGCCGCCCACCAGAAGAAGAUUCUGAACGUGGACAACCACGUGGGCAUCUCCAUCGCGGGGCUCACGGCAGACGCGCGCCUGCUCUGCAACUUCAUGAGGCAGGAGUGCCUGAACUCGAGGUUCGUCUACGACACGGCCCUGCCCAUCUCCCGCCUCGUCACACUCAUCGGCAACAAGACCCAGGUGCCCACGCAGCGCUACGGGCGGCGCCCCUACGGGGUCGGCCUGCUCAUCGCGGGAUACGACGAGAACGGCCCUCACAUCUACCAGACCUGCCCCUCUGCCAACUACUUCCAGUGCAAGGCGAUGUCCAUCGGAGCUCGCUCACAGUCGGCGCGCACCUACCUGGAGAGACACAUGGGGGAGUUUUCCGAUGCGAGCCUGGAUGACCUGGUGAAGCACGGACUGCGUGCCUUGCGCGAGACUCUGCCCAACGAGCAGGACCUCACGACCAAGAACGUCUCCAUAGGGAUUGUGGGCAAGAGCAUGGACUUCACCAUCUACGAUGAUGAGGGGGUCUCCCAGUUCCUCGAGGGGCUGGAAGAGAGGCCGCAGCGACACGCUCCAGCCCCCGCUGACGCGGCAGCCCCAGCCGCCGCAGCCGCCCCAGCCGCUGCUGACGCGGCCGCUGCAGCCGCACCCGGCGACGACAAGGACAAGGACAAGAGCGGCGAGCCUAUGGAACACUAGGAUCAGCAUGGGGAGCAGCGCCAGGAGGAGCCGCAGGGCCUCCGCGGCCGGCGUGAAGAGACGGCCACAGCGCGAGGGGAGCCGUCGAUGGGCCCGUCAUCGUCGUCGUCGUCGUCAUCGCCGCCCUGUCUCUCGCAGCGCGCGCUCAGUAAUACGAAUGAUGACAAUAAAGUACACGGGUGAACUUUAA